AAAGGUGUGGUUACUGAUUUAACGGAUGCUUCAAGAACUCAAAACUGGACUCUAUAUCUGUUAAGACAUUGGUUUGGUUAUGAUAACUUCGUCUGUUCAAAUUCUAAACAGCUAACAUCGAAAUAAAAGCUGCUAUCUUUAUCAUAUAUCUUUACCCAUCUUGUACAAGAAACAACCAAGAAGAAAUUUGUUCAAGAUGAAGGAUUCUUGCCCUGGGAAAGGUAGUGAACGCUUGAUGUUUAAAGCAGAUAACCCCCAAUUUUUCAAGAUAAUUCUUGAUGAUAAUAAUAGAAAGCUUGCUAUUCCAAGAAAGUUUAUUAGAAGCUAUGGAAAUUACCUUUCAAGUCCAGCAGUCUUGAAGGUCCCUACUGGUGCGAAAUGGAGAGUAGGGCUAAACAAAUGUAGUGGUGAGAUUUGGUUUGAUAAUGGGUGGCAAGAAUUUGUGAAAUAUUAUUCUUUAGCCCAUGGAUCUUUAGUAGUUUUUGAGUAUGAUAAGAAAAAUUGCCAUUUCAAUGUAAUUAUAUUUGAUAAGAGUGCUUCAGAGAUUGACUAUCCAUAUGAUGUUUCUAAUGGAGAUACUGAGGAGCCUAAUAAUCUUGAAAAAGAAUUUCCAAAGCCAAAGACUGAAGAAGAAACUGAAACUGAUGUCUCUGUUGAAAUCUUGGAUGGUUUUUCACUGUCCCGAAAAAGAAAAGUGAAAUCACCAUUGCCAUGCUCUCAGCCUCCUAAGAAGAUGAAGCCAGAAAAACCCUCAAGAAAUAGUGAAGGACUUGAUUUUGCAGCUAAAAAGGUAAAUGGAGGCUUGUUUAGUGAGAAACAAAGGUUAGAUGGGGUUGUGGUGAGAAGACAACCGUUGACAGCUAAAGAAAAGGCGACUGCACAUCAUAGAGCAAACACUAAUUUUAAAUCUGAAAAUCCUUUCUUCAUUAUUGCAAUGCAGCCAUCAUAUGUUCAUUAUGGAGCUAAGUUGGCUAUACCCGCAAACUUUGUCAGGAAUUAUUUCAAGCAGAAGCGUGGCAAAGCUGCUCUGAGUACUUUAGAUGGUAAAAGUUGGUCUGUUGAGUAUUACUACUGUGUGUCCAAUGGAAAAGCAACAGCUAGACUAGGUAAUGGUUGGAGGGAAUUCAGUGAAGAAAAUAACCUGGAAGUUGGUGAUAUUUGUGUCUUUGAACUGAUUAUUCGCACUAAAAUCACAUUCAAAGUUGUUAUUUUGCGAGAUAGCAAAAGAUCAAGUAGCAGCCCAUCGCUUGGAAACAGCAAGAAAUUGAAACAAGAAAAGAAUUUAAGUUGCAGACAGUUUAUUCCAAGAAAUUCUUGUUCAGAGUCGCCUGGAGCUACUGAAGCUGCCAAGAAUUUCACUUCACUGAAUCCAUUCUUUAAAGUGCUCAUGAAACCAUGCUAUCUUCGAAGUACCACGGUGAAUGUACCCUUAACAGUUGUCGCUAAAUGUACAAAGCAAAGGGUAGAAUAUGUGACAUUACAAGUUGAAAACAGAAGGUGGCCUGUGAAAUUAGUCAGAGAUAGAUCACAUGGCAGAAGACAGAAGAUGUCUGGGGGAUGGAUUUCAUUUGCAAGGGAAAAUUCUCUACAAGAGGGAGAUGUUUGUUGCUUUGAGUUGAUUAAUUCUGAAACUAUGUUGCUUAAAGUCUCCAUUUUCAGAAAUGUUUGAUGAGCUUGUUUACCAUUUUGGGAGAUUCUUGUAGUGCUAUUACAGGUUCGGAGUUUUGUAUUAUGUAGAGAACUUGUGACUUCUUUUUCCAUU